AUGGCUGUUUCCGACUUCAACAGCCUAGGGGCUCACGACGCAGCAGCGAAUGCAGCAUCCUCAAUCAUCGACUCCUUGUGGGGAUAUGUCUCGACUUCCAGUAACAAAACGCUGGACGACGACGAGUUGGUGAACGAUCCCAAGAGAUUGGCAUCUGCCGUCCGACCCAUUUGUACCCGCAUGCUGGGGCAGUUAAACUACCCUGGGGCACCUGUACUCAAGGCAGAGUCUGUUGAAGCUCUGUUGGAGUACAUGUACAAGAGAGCUGUUGAGAUGGGAGUUCCUCUUGACACACCCAUCUCCGCAAAAGGGUUUCGCUUGGGUUACGCCGAAGGGCUGCUCGCCCAUCCACGUCAUCCCACGAUAGUCCAGGGCUAUGUCGGACUUUUCACCUGGCUUGUCGUGAUGUACGACGAUAUCGUCGGCCAGAACGAUCAGAUGGUGGAAGAGGCAUCGUUGUUCCACCAGCGCUUCUUCAAAGGCGAGCGGCAGAAGAACAACCUCCUGGAGGGCAUUGCGGUUCUCCUUCGGGAGGCUCACGAUCUCUUCGAUCCUGUGAUGGCCAACCUUCUCCAACUCUCCGUCCUGAAGUUCCUUACCAGCAAUCUCCUGGAGCGCCACAACGGUUUCCAAACGUUCCAAAUCACCAGGGCCGGCGAGAAGUUCCCCGACUUUUACAGAGACAUGUCAGGCAUGAACGUCGCCUACGCCGUAUUCUGCUAUCCGAAAGAGCAGUACCCAGACGUUUCGCAAUUCAUCGAGGCGAUCCCAGACAUGGCCAGGUUCAUCGACAUCUCGAACGAUGUGCUUUCAUUUUACAAGGAGGAGCUCGGCGGCGACACGCGAAAUUACAUCCACAACCGCGCCCUGACCACUGGCAAGCCAGUGCUCCAAGUCGUUGAGGAGGUGAACAUUGAGACGAUCGAUGCCGCCAAGCGAGUCGAGGCCAUUCUCAAGGGGAGGGGCGUCUACGAGGACACUUGGAACGAGAGCGUGAGGGGCUACAUGGCCAUGCACACGACCAACGCGCGAUACAAGUUGAAGGACCUGGGCCUAGGCGAGGAGCAUCCUCUUGCUCCCUUUGAGCACAGAAUCGGUGAACUUUUCGACAUUAUGAAGCUGAAGGCACGGUGA